UUGAAGAAGACAAUAAUCGAAUACAUUCCGAAGACUCAAAUAUCAAUUAAAACAAGACUGAAUUAGAUUAUUAAGGAAUCCAUUCCAAAAGAUGUUGACUGAAUGAGGAAUAUUGACAACACAAGAUGUUCAAGCUUUUGGGAGGUUUAAGCGUAUAUUUCAAAUACCAGCCCAUCAGGACUGACAAUGCUGUCUUCAGGCUACACAAUAUCUUCACGACGGUGUUACUGCUGACAUGUUCGAUAAUUAUAACAGCAACUCAAUAUGUUGGGAAGCCGAUUCAGUGCAUCGUCAGCGGGCUCCCGGUGGAUGUGGUCAACACUUUCUGUUGGAUCACAUCGACGUUUACAAUGCCUGAUGCAUUUACCAGAGAGGUGGGAAAAGAAGUAGCACAUCCCGGAGUUGCAAACGAAUACGACAGUACGCAAGAGAAGAAAUACUACACAUACUACCAGUGGGUCUGCUUCGUACUCUUCUUUCAGGCAAUAAUGUGCUACACACCUAAGUUCCUAUGGGACGCCUUCGAGGGCGGGUUGCUGCGGACCAUUGUGAUGGGUCUCAAUGUUGGGGUCUGUCAUCAGGAAGACAAGAAGAAAAGGAAGAAAGUCCUCAUUGCGUACCUGAUGAGACAUCAAAAC